AUGAGGCGCUUGAGCCAAACUCUCCUCCUCCUCCUCCUCGUCCUUCACUCUGAAAUGCCGGUCUCAGCCCGCAACGACCACCGGCCGCGCUUCUUCCCUCCGCUGCCCCCGCCGAGGGCCCUGGAGGUGGACGAGAUGGCCCCGCUGGGCUCGGAAGUGGCGCGCCUUCGGGCUAAAGGGGCCGAGGCUCGGCUGACAUACUGGGCUCCCAGGCAGAGGCGCCUCUUCGUGGUGCCCGGCAGCGGGCAAGUGCUGGCCGUGGGCUCCUUGCUGGGCUUGCGGCGCCUCAGCCUCUGGGCCUCGGCCCGCGACCGAGGGAGGCCAAUGCGCCUGCGCCGCUGGGAAGUCGCCGUCAAGCCCAGCCGUCGGAAGGAAAGGGAAAGAGAACAAGAAAGGGAGAGGAGGGGAAGCCGGCCCCGCCCCGCCCGCGCCCUCCUUCAGCCCCGCGGGCCCCUCUACAAGGUCCGCGUGCCCGUCGGGGCGCCGCCCGGGGAGCCCAUCUUCACCGUGCCCGGCUUCGAGGAGGACGGGAGCUGGUUCGAGAUGGACGCCCCCUCCAGCCCCGCCGCCUCCUUCCCGCUCCAGCUCGACCCCGGCAGCGGGCGCCUCUCCCUCAGCAGCGCCCUGGACAGGGGGGGCCGCGCCGAGGUGCGCAUCAAGGUCCACCGCGCCCACGGGGAAGAGAGCGACUGGUACAUGUGUCGAGUGGUGGUCAUUGCAGUUGAAGAGGAGCCCAUCUCUUGGGGAAUGUAUCCAUACCCUUUUUUGGCACGGGUUGAUCCUGAAGCUCGAGCGGGCACUUUGGUCUAUCAACUUGCUGCGCAUUACAGUAACAAUGAAAAUUCCAGUGCUGGGAUAUCAUAUGCCCUGAUUGCAGGUGGUGAAGAACGCUUUGAUAUAGAUACGGAUACAGGUGCCCUAUUGACCACUGGCUUGCCUUUAACUUUGAACCAGGAGUAUGUGGUCACUGUCUUGGCCAUUGAUGAAUAUGGUAGCAAAAGCCCCUAUGCCUUCAUUUCCAUCCUGGCUGGGUCCAGGCCUCCACAAUUCACGAAUAUGUCCUACAGUGUGUUUAUCCCAGAGAAUACUCCUGCAAAUGAGAGGGUGGCAGACAUUGAAGCAGUUUCUUUCCAGAGCCAGCCUAUCUCUUACACGCUUCUGAUGAAUCCCAGUGGCCUGUUCAGCAUGGACCAAGAAACUGGUGAGCUCAGCUUGACUCAUGCAGUGGAUUAUGAGAGUGAACAUCAUCUCUACCAUUUCUUAGUGAAGGCUAUGGAAGCAGAAAGUUUGCUCAGCAGUGUAACUGAGGUUAUUGUUCAUAUCACAGAUGAAAAUGACUGUUUUCCAGAAUUUCAGCAAUCCAUUUAUAGUCGGGAAAAUAUUCUAGAAUCCAUUCCUAUAGGGACAUCUUUACUGCAAGUUCUUGCAACAGACUGUGACUCUGGCUCCAAUUCUGAAAUCAUCUAUUUCCUUCAAACUGCCGAUUUUUCCAUCACACCUGAUGGUGUCAUCAGUUCCAACCAACAACUGAACUUUGAGCAAUCAAACCACAUGUAUGAAUUUGUCGUCAUCGCUGUUGACCAGGGACAUCCAGCUCGGACAGGGACUGCCUCGGUGCGCAUCCGUAUGGCUAAUGUGAACGACGAAGCUCCGGUGUUCUCUCAGUCUGUCUAUGAAACUUUCCUCUCAGAAGAUGCUGGACCAGGUACAUUAGUAGCCACUGUCCUUGCAAAAGAUCCCGAUGGAGAUGGAGUGAUGUACUUAAUUAGUGGUGGCAAUGAAGAAGGCAAUUUUGAACUGGACAGCCGCAAAGGGAUCCUUCGACUUCGUAGAAACCCUGUGCCUAAACUGAAGGGACCAGAAUAUGUUUUAAAUAUCUCUGCUAUAGAUGACAAUACCUCCGGUGGGCCAAGAUCUCUUAGCAGCUUUGCUGAAGUUGUGGUGGGGAUUAAUGACAUCAACAACAAUAAGCCUAUCUUCAGAGAGUGUGCUUACUACAGUGACAACACCUGGGUUCUAGAGAACCAGCCUCCGGGCACCUAUAUUUUGCGAGUGGAAGCCUAUGACGCAGACCUUGGUCAGAAUGGGGAAGUGAAGUACAGCCUCAUGCACAGGGAUGGGGCUUCGCCAGGCUUCAGCAUUGAUCCUGACUCAGGUGUCAUCACUACAACUCGGAGUUUUGACCGAGAGAAGCAGAGGGAGUAUAUGCUCUCUGUGAUUGCUACGGAUCAAGCCCAGGAGCCACUGAUUGGAAUGUGUCAGAUUACUAUCUACAUUGCCGAUGUAAAUGACAAUGAUCCAAAGUUUGAAAACAGCCGGUAUCAAUAUUUCCUCCGUGAAGAUACUCCAGUGGGAACGAGUUUCCUUUGUGCUACAGCUCAUGAUGAUGACCAGGGUGUGAAUGCUGCCAUUACCUACUCCAUGGUGCAGCAGGAGCCAGAAUAUUUCAAAAUCAACCCCAGCACAGGCUGGGUAUAUGUGAAUCAUGUCAUCUCUCAGACAUUCCAGAUAAACAGAUACAUCACAGCCACCGAUGGAGGCAACCGGAGCAGCACUGUGGAAUUGACAGUCACUAUUACGGAUGUGCUUAACCAGUCACCUCAAUGGGAUGAAAGUUCAUAUUCGAUCACAAUCCCAGAGAGCACAGCCCGUGACACCAAGAUAGUGACUGUCAAAGCCACAUCACCGCUGGGCGAUCCAAGAGUUACGUAUCACCUGGAGGAGGGACAGGUUCCAGAGACUAAUAUGCCUGUCCGUUUCUACCUCAAACCAAACAGAGCCGAUGGGUCUGCUUCACUUCUGGUCGCUGAACCCCUUGACUUUGAGACCACCAAGCUGUUCACACUGAGCAUCAAAGCUCAGAAUGUAGCAACCAUCCCUUUGGCAUCCUUCACCACUGUUUGUGUUAAUAUAACAGAUGUGAAUGAUAAUGUCCCAUUCUUCACUUCUUCUACUUAUGAAGUUUCUGUACCUGAAGGAGCAGGGAUUGGUACCUCCGUUAUGCAGGUUCUAGCGACUGAUGCAGACUCAGGUCUCAAUGGAGAGGUACACUAUUCCAUACUAAAGGAUUCUAGUGGAGAUUACCAGUACUUCACCAUCGACUCCACAUCAGGAGUCAUUUCCACCUUGGCAUCGUUUGAUAGGGAGAAGAGAUCAUCUUACUUGGUUGAAGUCCAGUCUCAGGAUUCUUCUGAAUCAGCCAGGCCUGGUAUUUAUGGACAACCUAACACAGAUACUGCAUAUGUGAGGAUAUUUAUUAGCGAUGUAAAUGACAAUUGUCCUGCUUUCCCACAUUUGGUGUAUGAAACUGAUGUGGAUGAGGACCAGGAUGUUGGCUAUGCUGUUUUGACAGCAACUGCAACUGAUAAGGAUGAAGGAUCUAAUGCCAAACUGAGAUAUCAGAUAACUUCAGGAAACGAGCAAGGAGAUUUUUAUGUGGAACCUGAGAAGGGCACCAUUUUGAUUGCCCAGCAUCUCGAUUACGAACAACAGCAGCACUAUAAGCUCCAGUUGGUGACUUCUGAUGGAAAAUGGGAGAACCACACACUUGUUGUAAUUAAUGUAAUCAAUAUAAACGAUGAAGCACCUGUCUUUUCUCAGGAUGAAUACCAUGGCAGCGUUUUAGAGGAGCUUGCUGACCUACCUGUGCUUGUUUUACAAGUUUCUGCAACUGACCCUGACCAGGAAACCAAGCAGAAUGGCUUUCGCUACUCGUUGCAUGGACAAGGAGCCCAAAGUGAGUUCAGUAUCAAUGAGCUCACAGGGAAGAUCACUGCAAAUGAGAAGUUGGAUAGAGAGAAACGGUCCACGUGGCGCUUCCUUGUCCUUGCCACUGAUGAAGACGGUGAAGGUCUCACUGGGUUUGCUGAUGUCAUCAUAGAAGUAAUGGAUGUGAAUGACAACGCACCACUUUUCCUUUGUGCCUCUGAUGGCUGUUUCAUGGGGCAAAUCCCAGAGGAUUCUCCUGCUGACUCCACUGUGAUGGAGAUGUUGGCAAUAGACCUGGAUGACCCCGCAGCUGGAAAGAAUGCUGUGUUAACCUACAGUAUUAUUCAAAAUGUCAAAAAUGAGAUUAACCUUAACUUGUUCUCAAUUAAUCCAAUCACUGGCACUAUCUAUACUGUGUUAAGUACCUUAGAUAGAGAGAAAAAAGACAAAUACUUGGUAGUUGUUGAAGCAAAGGAUGGAGGGGGUCUUACUGGUACGGGGACUGCCACAAUUUUGGUGACUGACAUCAAUGACCAUGCCCCAGCUUUCCCACAAAAGAUUUACACAGCCUUUGUCUCCGAGGGAGCAAGUGUCAACACUUUGGUUGCUGAGGUGUCGGCUACUGAUGAAGACGAAGGAGAAAAUGCUAUGGUGACGUUCAGCAUCCUUGAUGGAGAUGAUGACCACAAGUUCUACAUUGAGACGGACAAAGCUAAUAAGCUCGGCGUGAUUCGACUGAGAAAAGAGAUAGACUUUGAGAAACCCCAUGAAAGGGUCUUUAACUUGACAGUGAAAGCAGAGGACCUGGAUUUCUUCAGCAUAGCUCACUGUGUCAUCUAUGUGGAGGACUACAAUGACCAUGCUCCUCUGUUUUAUCCACAGUUCUAUGAAGUGGCAGGGCUGGCUGAAGAUGUCUCCCUUGGUACUAAAGUGGUUCAAGUGAUUGCUAUUGAUUUGGAUUCUGGGUUGAACGGACGGUUCUCUUACCGAUUACUAAAUAAGUCAGACCCAAGUGGGAGGUUCUCUGUGUCCAACGAUGGCUGGGUCAUAGUGGCUGGAGAGCUAGAUUAUGAGACUGUGGCACAGUAUCAGCUUGUGGUCAUUGCAACGGAUAUGGGGCAGCCUUCACUUAGCAGCAGUGCCACUGUUUUGGUAGCUCUUCAGGAUGUUAAUGAUAAUGGCCCUGAGUUUGAUGCUCUGUAUAAUCCAGUUGUUUGGGAAAACACUCCUUCUCCUCAGGUUGUCCAAAUGAAUGAUACCUCAACGCUGCUGUAUGCUAAAGACAGGGACAGCCCAGCCAAUGGGGCACCUUUCUCCUUUCACUUACUGAGUGACUUUGGCAGCGUGACAUAUUUUAAUUUGCAAGACUUCAACAAUGGAAGUGCAAUGCUGACUGCUCUGCAUACAUUUGACCGGGAGGUGCACAAGGUAUUUCACUUGCGGAUUCUGAUUGCUGACAGUGGGAACCCUCCCAUGAGCUCAACCAACACAUUAACUGUUAAUAUCGGAGACCGAAAUGACCAUCCUCAUGCUGCUGGCAACAUGGAGUGUCUCAUCUACAGCUACAAUGGUAUCCUGCCUACAACAGUCCUGGGUCAGAUUCAUGCCCCAGAUAAUGACGACUGGGAUCACAAGACAUAUCACUUUGAAGGAAAAGCACCCAGGCAUUUUAUCCUCAAUGAUAACUCUGGUUUACUAAGUAUAAAGGAAGGAACUCCAUCAGGAAUAUAUGACCUCAGGGUUAAAGUUACAGAUGGCAUCUGGCCUGAUGUGGUCUCAACUGUAAAGGUGGUUGUAAAGGAAAUCAAAGAAGAAGCUGCUCACAAUGCAGGGUCUGUCAGAAUAAGAGAUAUCACUGCAGAAGAUUUUAUAUAUCAAUCAUCUGAGAGUGAAAGUAAGUACAAUCAAAUGAAGAUGCUUUUCUCAGAAAUCAUAUCAGCCCAGCUCGAAAAUGUCCACAUCUUCAGUGUCUUGAAUAGUCCAGGUGAAACGCAAGGAGUAGAUAUUUGGUUUGCAAUUCAUGGCUCACCCUACUACAAAGCAGAAAAACUGAAUGGCAAUAUUGCUGUCUCAAAGGCACGGCUGGAAACUGUCUUGAACAUCAACAUCACUCAGAUUGGCAUUGAUGCGUGUGUGAAUGCAAACUGCUCUCAUAGCACUGGGUGUAUCAGCAAAAAUGAAUUCAGCCCUCUUCCCACAAUAACUACCUCUGGAAAUGUUUUGCUGGCCUCUGUUACAGUGUUUAGCAAUGCACAAUGCACUUGCGAAGCUCGGGAAAGGAAGCACCAUUCUUGUUCCUCCUACAGGAUAAAUCCUUGUUUUAAUGGUGGCACCUGCACAGACACUGACCUGGGUUACAGCUGCAAGUGCCCAAAUACUUUCCAUGGGCCAGAAUGCCAACAGACCCAGCAUACCUUCCAAGGACAUGGAUAUGCUUGGUUCCCGCCCAUCAAGCCAUGCUUCCAGAGUCGAAUCUCCCUGGAUUUCAUUACUGAAGUGGCAGAUGGCCUUUUGCUUUACAAUGGACCAGUAGCACGUGUGAAGCCAGGAGAAGUAGAGGACUUCAUUGCACUAGAGCUCUUGGAAGGUGUUCCAUCGCUAACAAUAAACCAUGGCUCAGGGGCACUGUUCCUACGGAUGUUGAAAAAAGUGAAUGUGGCUGAUCGUCGCUGGCACAACAUAAACGUAAUCAGUGAUGGAAAGAAAGUACAGCUGAUCUUGGACCACUGUGCCAAUGUCUCUUUUGCAAACAAUGAUGAUGCCCAAGAGGAUGUGUCAAAGGUGGAUCAUUCUGUCUGUAAAGUAUCUUCUGAAACUCCAGGAAGUGAUAGAAAUCUGGAUGUCCACCAACCUCUCCAGCUGGGUGGGGUCAAGAAGGCCCAGCCCUACCAUACAUCCCAGAAGCACUUCAAAGGUUUUGUGGGUUGCAUUCGGAAUGUCAUCAUUGAUAGCCAGGUAUACAAUUUGGAGCAACCUGCAGAGUCCUUAAACAGUGCACCAGGCUGUUCUCUGACAGAUGGACUGUGCCAAAAAGGUGGAAUACCCUCCUGCGGUGUCCAUGGCAAAUGCAUUGGUGACUGGGGCUCUUUUAACUGUGAUUGUUUCACUGGCUACAUGGGAGCAAGAUGUGACAAAGCUCUACUAGAAUGGAAUUUUGGAAAAGAUAGUUGGAUUCUUUAUGAUCUGAAAAAUGUCUUCAGUGCUUACAGCACAUACGUCCGGCUCUCAGUACGAACCAGAACGUCAUCUAGUACCCUUCUCAGUUUGGCAUCCUCAGUUGGAAAUGGAUUCAUCAGAUUGGAGAUUAUUAGUGGAUAUUUUGGUGUUAGUUUCAAUUUGGGAGGCAAAGAUCACGUCCUUCAGUUGAGCACUGUGCGCAUAGACAAUGGCCAGUGGACUGAACUAACCCUGGAGCGAUAUCACAAUGAAUUUUCUCUGCGUAUUAACGAUGGUGGAGGGGACCAUGAGGUGUCAGCCAUUCUUGGAUCAGGAGGACAGUUCAAAAUAAAUCUAGCAAGGAUUGUGCUUGGAAACCGCCUGGCAAAUCAUUCGGAAAGUGAUUUCCAAGGCUGCAUGAGGGAUGUCCGUCUAAAUGGGCAGCCCCUUCUUGUAAACGGGGAAAGCACGGAGUACAGCUUCAUUGUGGAGCAGGAGGGCAUCACCAUUGGCUGCCAUUCCAACUCCUGCAGCAACCAGCCCUGUUAUAACCCUUUCCACUGCGUAGAUCUAUGGAGAAAGUACGAAUGCAGAUGUCCAGCUGGCAAAGUAGAAGUGACCGAUACUCUGACAGGCCUGAAACAAUGCACCUCAUCACCCUGUGGCCACUGGAACUGUAGGAAUGGUGGCACCUGCGUGGCUCAGUCUCGGGACAAAUACGUCUGCCAGUGUCCUGAAGGUUAUAAAGGAAAGUGGUGCGAAGUCAGCCCUGUAAAAGCAGGAAGACCAGUAGGACUCAGCUCUGGUUCCAUCUUGGCCAUCAGCAUGUGCCUGCUUGUUUUUUUAGGUUUAUUAGUCUCUUAUACCGUGUGGAGUCAAUGGGGGAGAUCAAGGUUUCGAAAAGGAGGAAUUUACCAUAUUCCUGAGGAACAUGAAAGUUGGGACGAUGUUAGAGAGAAUGUCUUCAAUUAUAAUGAGGAAGGAGGAGGGGAGCAUGACCUGAGUGUGUAUAAUUUAGACACGCUAAAGAAACCUGUACGAAUCAUACCUCCGUUUUCCUCGGGAACUGCUGCUCCAGUCCUCAGAUCAUAUUCUGGAUCACAAAUAAACCCUCAUGGGAACCCUGCAUGCCUGAGGGAAACUCCUUCAUUGGAUACCAGUCUCCUAGACUUCAAGCGUUGCAUGUCUCAAAGAAUACAGAAUGCAGAUGGCGAUUUGAAGCAUCUUCCAACAGACAGCAUGCAUUUCUAUUGCUUAGAGGGCCAGGGCUCUCCCACUGGAAGUCUGAGUUCCUUAGAGACGUCCGGUGUAGAGCAAGACUCAAAUUAUGAAAACCUCAGUGAAUGGGGAUCAGAGUUUGUGAAGUUAAAACAGUUACACGAACUUCAAACUGAACAAUUAUAGAAUAUGGAGUCAUGACAUUUUUGCUUGUGAGAUGGAACCUCCUCCUUGGAAACCAUGCUUUAGUUGUUUACUGAAAAGACAUUUCUAAUACAUUGGACAGCAUCAAACACAUUAUCCUAUCAAAAAUGGAACAGCCCAACAUUUUUUCCCUUAGUGUCUUGGUUUUUUGACCUGAUCCUGGGGUUAUUUGAAGCACUGGUUCAAAAAAAUGCAUUGGAUAGACCACAUGGGCUCUAAUUUCUUUGAGUUAUCAUGAGGCCCUUUCCACACAGCCAUAUAACCCAGAAUAUCAAGGCAGAAAAUCCCACAAUAUCUGCUUUGAACUGGGUUACCUGAGUCCACACUGUCAUAUAUUCCAAUUCAAAUCAGAUAAUGUGGGAUUUUAUUCAGCUGUGUGGAAGGGCCAUAUUUUCGUAUGAGUUCUUUUUUCAUGUCAGGAGCAACUUGAGAAACUACAGGUCACUUCUGGUGAGAGAGAAUUGGCCAACUGCAAGGUCGUUGCCCAGGGGAUGCCCGGAUGUUUAUCAUCCUGUGGGAGGCUUCUCGCAUGGGAAGCUGGAGCUGACAGACAGGAGCUCACCCCUCUCCCUAGAUUCAAACCACUAACCAUUUGGUCAGCAGACCUGCCGCACAGGGGCAGUGGUUCUCAAACUUAUUUGGCCUGGAAAUCAAUUUUUCUAAAUCUUCUUUCUUUUAUGAUUUCAUCGCCCCCUUACAGUAUUCAUCACCCCCAAAUGCACCUGUGACCAUUACCGCACCCC